CAGCUGUGCCCAGCUGUGCCCAGGUGUCUCUCCCCCCAGGGCUGCCUGGCCCCGGUCCGGGUGCUCAUCCCGGGGGGCUCCAUCCUGGACCCCUCCCCCGAGGCCGCCGUGGUUGGCGGGAACGUGCUGACGUCACAGCGCGUGGUGGACGUGGUGCUGCGCGCGUUCGGCGCGUGCGCGGCCUCGCAGGGCUGCAUGAACAACGUGACCUUCGGCUCCGAGCGCGGUGGCUACUACGAGACGGUGGCGGGGGGGGCGGGGGCCGGGCCGCGCUGGGGGGGGCGCAGCGGGUCCACACGCACAUGACCAACACCCGCAUCACCGACCCCGAGAUCCUCGAGCUCCGGUACCCGGUGGUGCUGCGGCGCUUCGAGCUGCGGGGGGGCUCGGGGGGGCGCGGGGCGGCACCGGGGGGGGGAUGGGGUGGUCCGGGAGCUGCAGUUCCGGAGGGCGACCGAGCUCUCGGUGCUGAGCGAGCGCCGCGCCACGAGACCCUACGGGAUGGCGGGGGGUCUCCCGGGGGCUCCGGGGCUGAAUUUGCUGCUGCGUCGGGACGGGCGCCUCAUCAACCUGGGGGGCAAGAGCUCGGUGUCCGUGGAGCCGGGGGACGUUUUCCGCCUGCUGACCCCGGGCGGGGGCGGCUUCGGCCCCCCCGAGGACGGCACCGGGGGCGACCCCCGGGACCCCCCGGACCCCCAGGACCUCUGGGCCCCCCAGAGCUCCCCGAAGCCCCCAAACCCCGCGAGCGCCCCGAGCGCCCCGGCCCCACAAACGUUCCUGGAGCGCGGCAGCGUCUUCGAGUUCCGGCAGGCGCAGGAGGCCGUGUGAGGCAGCUGUGGGGCAGCCCCACAACCCCGUAUGGGGCAGCCCCACAACAACAACAAUGGGGCAGCCCCACAGCCCCAUAUGGGGCAGCCCCACAACAACAACAAUGGGGCAGCCCCGCAGCCCCCUAUGGGGCAGCCCCACAACUCCCUAUGGGGCAGCCCCACAACAACAACAAUGGGGUAGCCCCGCAACUCCCUAUGGGGCAGCCCCGCAACCCCCAAUGGGGCAGCCCCACAGCAACCAUGGGGCAGCCCCACAACCCCAUAUGGGGCAGCCCCACAACAACAACAAUGGGGCAGCCCCACAACAACAACAAUGGGGCAGCCCCACAACUCCCUAUGGGGCAGCCGCACAACUCCCGAUGGGGCAGCCCCACAACCCCCUAUGGGGCAGCCCCGCAGCCCCAUAUGGGGCAGCCCCACAACUCCCAAUGGGGCAGCCCCACAGCCCCAUAUGGGGCAGCCCCACAACUCCCAAUGGGGCAGCCCCGCAGCCCCAUAUGGGGCAGCCCCACAGCAACCAUGGGGCAGCCCCACAACUCCCUAUGGGGCAGGCCCACAACAACAAUGGGGCAGCCCCACAACUCCCUAAGGGGCAGCCCCACAACUCCCAAUGGGGCAGCCCCACAACCCCAUAUGGGGCAGCCCCACAGCAAUGAUGGGGCAGCUCCACAACUCCCUAUGGGGCAGCCCCGCAACCCAGCAAUGCCCCCCAUAGGGCAGCCCCUGGCCCCUCUAUGGGGCAGCCCCUGACCCCACAAUGGGGCAGCCCCACAAGCCAGCGAUGCCCCCCAUGGGGCAGCCCCAUUGCUAGAGCCGCACCGUCUAUAGGGCAGCCCCCCAAGUCCAGCCAUGCCCUCCAUGGGGCAGCCCCCCAACGCUGCUAUGGGGCAGCCCCCAUUGCUAGAUACGCACAGCCUGUGGGGCAGCCCCCUCCCCGCUAUGGGGCAGCCCCCUCCCCGCUAUGGGGCAGCCCCCUCCCUCUAGGUACGCACAAUCCGUAGGGCAGCCCCUCACCCGCCCCAGCUAUGGGGCAGCCCCCCAACUCCAGCUCUGCACCCCCUGACCCCGCUAUGGGGCAGCCCCCUGACCCCGCUAUGGGGCAGCCCCCCCCCCCCAGCUCUCUCCUCCCCGUUCCGGGGCUCAGCCCCUCCAUGGGGGGCCCAGCUCCCCCCUUUGGGGGCUCCCCCCACCCCCCCCAGCCUCCAAUAAAGCUUCCGCUGCCCCCC